AGUUAAGACUCAGUUGCAGGCGCGUUUCAUUACGAAGUGAUUGUGUGGUAGAUUUUAGAUUAAAACCCCGUUGCCUAUGUAUGUAUGUAGAUUUGAUCAAGAAAACGCCUGAGUUAAAUAAAAUUUGUUGGUGGUCGAGCAGUUUACCAAGCGACGCGCUUAAAUUCGGAAGCUUAGCGGACAAAGCUAAAUAAUGAAGAUGAGAAAAAGCAAAUCUAGGGAAGUGCUCUUAGAGCACGGUGAGAAUGUGCCAAUUGAAAAUGACGACACGAUGUUACCUGCUGAGCUCUGUGCAGCUACCAGCCUCCUGCACGACAACAGCAACAACACCUCCGCUAAUACAGAUGACUCAGUAUCCAUACAAAUAAAACCAGUGACACUCUUAUCCGAAGCUCAAAAGGACGAACUCGGUAUGGUGGUACCACUCACAGCAGAAAAAGCCAAUAUAUCACCCACCAACACGGCAAACGAACGAUCGAUUUUCAAAUCUCCACCCUUGCCGUGGUAUCGCAACUGGACAAGUGCAGGCAUAGUGCUUUGUGUGGUCUAUAAUCUCACGAUUAUGUUUUUGUUAGUAAUGGGUGUAUUUAAAUUCGGUAAAGGCUGAAAUGGCGUAAAAAUAAUAACACUUGAAAUUUUUGAUUCACAUUUUUUUUAUAAAUUAGUAAAUAAAUACAUACAUACAUAUGAACAACGAA